UGUGUAUGUGUGUGUGUAGACGUAGACACUUCCUGUCUCUGUUGUUAGAUCUUUUUCUGCAGAGUUCAGUCUCAGUUUGUCUGAGGACGCAUUAACAGCUGCUGCCACUCACUGUUUAACUUCUUUUCUCAGACUGUCAAAAUGAAGAUAGCAGCCUUCAACGCCAAGAACCUGGGACUGAAAAAAGUCACAGACAAGACAGUCAUCCGCUACCUCACCAAGAUCAUGUGUCAGUACAGUGUGGUGGUGAUACUGGAGGUGGUGGAUAAAAGUGGUAAAGCCAUGGAAAAGUUGCUCCAAGAACUCAACACCGGCUCCAACAAAAAACAUUCCUACUCCAUGAUCGCCAGCCGCCAACUGGGACGAGACACCUACAAGGAGCAGUUUGUUUGUUUCUACAGAAAGAAUGAGGUGACACUGAAAGCCUGUUAUCAGUAUGAAGAUAAUCAGCUUGGAGAUGAAGACGCCUUCGCCAGGGAGCCUUUCAGUCUGCGUUUCAGCUGUCCAACUACAGUUGUGAAAGACCUGGUACUGAUCCCAGUCCACACCAAACCUGAAGAUUCAUUGAAGGAGCUGGAUGAGCUGGAUGAUGUGGUCAAUGCUGUCAGGAAGAAAUGGGAAACUGACAACAUUAUGAUUUUGGGGGACUUUAAUGCAGAUGGACGUUACCUCUCCAAAAAGAAGAAGGGAGAGAUCCGCAUCCACUCUGCUCCCUACCACUGGCUGAUAGAUGAUGACGUCGACACCACGUCCAGUAACAAAAACGACAACACCUACGACAGGAUCGUGGUUUACGGACAGACCAUGCUGGACGCCAUUGUCCCCAGUUCAGCCAAGUCAUUUAACUUCCAGAAAGCAUUCAAACUGACUGAUGAACAAACUCUCAGUAUCAGUGACCAUUAUCCUGUAGAGGUGGAGCUGAAGACCGGUCAGAAACAAAAAGCACCAAGACAAAAGAGGACAGAGACCAAAUCCACCAAAGGACAAACUCAGAGGAAAGGACCACAGAAGAAGAGGGUGAACACAACAGGAUUACAGAGGAAGACUGUGACAAUGAAAAGAAAGAGAGGAGAGACAUCAAACACACCGGCCAAGAGAAGACGUUUGGACAAAUGAAACAGCCUGAUUGUUGAUCAGGACAGGUUGUCCAUGAAUGAUGAUUGUUUCUGUGUUUUACAGCUCAGGAAGAGGUUUGUUUUUGACAACUAAAUGUAAUGUUGCAUCCAUUUGGAGAAUGUAAUCGUUUUGGUAAUUAAAGCAGAGUUUUAUUUUAA